AUGAUUUUUCUGCUCUUUAUUGCACUUCUCUCCAAAAUUGCUUUGGCUGACGACUGGCAUGAGGCUCAGUUCUAUUCGUUCUCACCACAAGUUGGCUCAGGACAGGGCGUCUCAUAUGUCAUUACCGGGAUAGGACGGAUUACGGGUGUCCGAGUGUGGGAGGCCUCCAACAGUGUCAUUUAUGGCUUCCAGUUUCGCUACGGCCACACCUGGACGGAUGUGGCGGGUCGCGAGUUGGGCCAAAAGCAGGAGAUAGAAUUGUUUGACGACGAGGCCAUUGUGGCCAUCUCGGGAAAAUAUGCACACAACAUUCAAUCUGUGGUGUUCACCACCAAUCUGGGCCGUUCGCUCUUCGCGGGCAGGCCAAUAGGGCACUCGUUCAACAUGUACCCGGAAAACGAGAAGGCCGAACUGCGCUUCAUCAGCGGCCGGUUCCAAGGGGCCAUCACCUCCAUGGGGGCACACUGGGCGCUUGUUACAGAACCUUAUGGAACAAAUACGCACACAAAUGCAACACACGUGUAA